AGCGCUUAUGCCGGAGUGUUUUUUCGUAUCAAAAUUACAAAAGUGAAAAACAAGCUGGAGGAAUGGCACAAUGGAAGGAUCAGCUGAAAUUCGACAUCGAGUGGGGUCACGAGCGGCUGGUGCGGGCUCAGCAAACCGUGGAGGUUCGGCCGUUCGAUGUGGAAUCUUGGUCGGUAAUGAUCCGGGAAGGCCAAAGCCGGCACAUCAAUGAGGUACGUUCCCUGUACGAGUCGUUGGUUAGCGUUUUCCCGACGACAGCAAGGUACUGGAAGAUUUACAUUGAGCAGGAAAUGAAGUACCGGAACUAUGAGAGGGUGGAGAAGUUGUUCCAGCGGUGUUUGGUGAAAAUUUUGAACAUUGAUUUGUGGAAGCUUUAUCUGACCUAUGUAAAGGAAACGAAGGCUGGGUUGAGUACGCAUAAAGAAAAGUUGGCCCAGGCGUAUGAUUUCGCACUGGAGAAGAUAGGAAUGGAUUUGCACUCGUACUCGAUUUGGCAAGAUUACAUUUCGUUUUUGAAGAGUGUGGAAGCGAUUGGUAGUUAUGCGGAAAAUCAGAAAAUUACGGCGGUGCGGAAGGUUUAUCAAAAGGCAGUGAUAACGCCAAUCAUUGGAAUAGAGCAUUUGUGGAAGGAAUAUAUUGCCUUCGAGCAGAAUAUCAAUCCAAUCAUUUCAGAAAAGAUGAGCUUGGAGAGAUCGAGGGACUAUAUGAAUGCUCGCAGGGUGGCGAAGGAGUUAGAGAUUGUGACGAAAGGAUUGAACCGGAAUUUGCCAGCGGUUCCGCCGACCGGCACGAAGGAGGAAUUGAAACAGGUGGAACUGUGGAAAAAGUAUAUCAAUUUCGAAAAAUCGAACCCUUUGAGAAGCGAGGAUACGGCAUUGGUAACGCGAAGAGUAAUGUUUGCUACGGAACAGUGCUUGCUGGUGAUGACACAUCAUCCGGCAGUAUGGCAUCAGGCGGCUCAAUAUCUCGAUCAAAGUUCGAAGCAGCUUGUGGACAAAGGGGAUUUGAAUGCUGCUAAAGUAUUUUCCGACGAAGCUGCUAAUAUUUUGGAAAGAGCAAUUAACAGUGUCCUGAGCCGGAACGCUCUGCUCUAUUUUGCCUAUGCGGAUUUUGAAGAAGGAAGAUUAAAGUACGAGAAAGUCCAUCAAAUGUAUAACAAAUAUUUAUCCAUUUCGGAUAUAGAUCCCACGUUGGCUUAUAUUCAAUACAUGAAGUUUGCACGUCGCGCUGAAGGAAUCAUUUCUGCCAGAGCCAUUUUUAAGAAAGCCCGCGAAGAUGUACGAUCCACGUAUCACGUUUUUGUUUCCGCAGCAUUGAUGGAGUAUUACUGCACCAAGGAUAAGGACAUCGCAUUCCGUAUUUUCGAGCUGGGACUGAAACGCUUCGGCGGUAGUCCAGAGUAUGUUAUGUGCUAUAUCGACUAUCUGUCCCAUCUGAACGAGGAUAACAAUACGAGAGUUCUGUUUGAACGAGUUCUUUCGUCAGGUGGAUUGACGCCGCAACUGUCGGUUGAAGUUUGGAAUCGUUUCUUGGAAUUUGAAUCCAAUAUUGGCGAUUUGUCCAGUAUCGUAAAAGUGGAACGCAGAAGAAGUGCGGUUUUGGAAAAGCUCAAAGAAUUUGAAGGCAAAGAAACAGCCCAACUUGUGGAUCGUUACAAAUUCCUCAACCUGUACCCAUGCUCUGCAACAGAGCUUAAAUCCAUCGGGUACGCCGAAACAAAUGGCAUUUUGAAUCCAAUUUCUUCAAAACUUCCGGCCCCAACCGAAGCUCCAGAACAGCCUCACCAGAUGCCUCGUCCGGACUUUGCGCAAAUGAUUCCCUACAAACCGAAACCGAACGCCUAUCCGGGAGAACAUCCGCUAGACGGUGGAUGCUUCCCUCAACCACCGGCUUUAGCUUCACUCUGUUCGAUGCUUCCACCGCCAAUCUGCUUCCACGGCCCGUUUGUCUCCAUAGACAAAUUAGCCGAUGUCUUCAGUCGCAUAGUCCUUCCAGAUGUACCACUUACUCCAACCGGAGGAGAAAACGGUAACAGCAUUAAGCUAUUCGAUUUGGCUAAAGCGGUUCAUUGGAUUGUAGACGACAGUACCUACUCGGGCGAGGGUGGCUUGAAGAGAAGACGGAUGGCACCCGGUGGGGAUGAUAGCGACGAUGAAACAACUAUGUCUGCUCCACCUGUUAACGACGUUUACCGUUUGCGGCAGCAGAAGAGAUUCAACCGAUAAAACGAGUUCCAAUCAGAUUUGUAUUAAUCAGCAUUGUGUGGCUAGGAGUAAGACUAUUUUUCUAGUACCAUUACUGGUAUAUAUAGGCAUAUAAAACAUAAUACUGAACGAAUAAAAU